AUGGACGCGAAAAAAGAUCUCUUCAGAAAGCUACACUCGUAUCUGAUACCGCAACUAAGACGUCAAAUGAAGGAUAUUUUGCCACCAUUGGAUCCGAAUACGAUUCACCUAAUAGAAGAUCCAGGUGCACAACUCGAGAUCAUCUUGGGGAUCCAAUCCGAGCUUGAGCGGACUUUAAAUCAAAUUCAAUCCACAGUUGCUAUGCUCUGUCCACGACAACUACCAUAUACAUGCCGAAACAAUGACCAACAUCGCAAAGAAAUCAAAUCUUUCCGAGUAGAAGGCUUGUACAAUCGGAUCAGGGAAGACUUGCUGCCAGAAAUCUUGCGGUUUUUUGACGGAUCUGUGGAUCUUAUUCAAAAAAUGAAACUCACUUCAAAUAAAUUCACCAGACACCCUGACGUAACUUCCAUAAGAAAAAUGAUUCUCGAUCAAGCAUUUUUAUUUUUUGAGGCUGUGGAUUUGACAAACGCAUGGUUAGAAGGAUCCGAGUUUGAUCUUGUACGAUACGAUUGGCCGAAGGAGAUACGCGGCAUUAAUGAGAGUCUGGAAAGGCUCUUGAGCCUGAUCAACGGAACCGCACACUUGGAACAAAGAAAUAGAAUGUCUGCACCGCUCAGCGAUCCGGCCGUCCAGCUAUCCAAAUCGCUAUUACCAAUAUUCAAACUGUCCAGACUAUUCCUCAACAAAUUAUUGAAUCAAAGAUUGAACAGAAAACGCCUACCAUUGUUCACAGAAAUGUGUUCCGAUCAGCUGCAGAUUCUGGGCGACCUGGCUUCAAACGUCGGCUUGGAGUUUUACGAGGUUUUGGAGGUAUUGAAAGUGGUCGAUAGACCUGGCGACUUUUUUGCUCGUCUUAACUGCACUCAAAUAGCCACAUAA